AUUUUGUAUAUACGCUCUAAAAUUAAAAUGAGUAAAACAUCUUAUACGAACGCUACCACCACAUCUGAAGUUCCAAAUGACGACGAUGAAAUUAUCAAUUGGGAGGAGGAGGCGAUUGCUAUUAUAAAAGAUGUCAGCCCGCAUGUAGCAUCAAUAGAUAUAUCCCGACAAUUGCCCAACAAUGAAAGCAAAGUGUACCUGAAUGUUCGCACCAUCGAAGGUCAAGACUUCUCUGUACAAGUAUCAAGUAUUGGUUUCCGUGUGGUAGGCAACGCUUUUGACACAAUAGAUGCUGAUAAAGAAGAAAUAAAUGAAGACGAAGAAGAAAUGAUAUAUGAAACGCCAUAUGCUUUAUUAGAUAAAAUCAGUCCAAGAUAUGUAGAAUCAUUUGGCAACCAACUUUGCAAACAAUUACUAUCUGUACAACAAAUGCGAACACAAUUCAAUGAAGAAGAUGAAGAAGGCGUUGAAGACGAAGAUGAUUGCAACUGAUUGUUCAGAAGUGGGUGUGAGAAAUUAGUUUUAACAAUAGAGUAAAAAUCCAAAAAGAUAAAGAAAAAAUUAACUGAAGAAUUAUAAAUUAGUUUUUUUUUUAAAUUUUAUUAUCUAUGCAUUUCAUAAGAGUAUGUGUGUAUGUAUGAUGUCUUGCUGUAAUGAUAACGUCCACAUUGCUUCCAAGCUUUCAGUUAAGAAAUUAAUUUGUAAUAUUAUUGUAUGUAUGCAUAAUGUUAUUAAUAUUAUUGUAUGUGUGCAUUAUUGCAAAUGCGCAUAAUAAAUGUAUACUUAAAAUUUUAAACGUUUUAAGAAUAAAGAUUGUGCCUUUAGUUCAAGAUCAGUAAGUUUUUGCACAACUGGUCCUAACUGUUGCACAUGAUCUUUAUAACCA